GCGGGGCAGGUUGCGAGCCGAAGCUUUGUGAGAGCUGCGGGCGUGUUGCCGGUGUAAACUUCUAGCAGUUUCAAUUGAUACGGUUUAAUUUAACGAUAACACAAUGAAGGCGCCUACGCCGGUUGCAUCUUCGACGGGUGGUACUGGCGACAAGUCAACUUAUAAAGACAAGGAUAAGCCGUCGCAAGUUCGCCAGAGCAACAUCACCGCUGCUAAAGCUGUUGCCGAUGCCAUACGCACAAGUCUUGGACCCCGAGGCAUGGACAAAAUGAUCCAGGCAGCCAACGGGGAUGUGACCAUCACGAACGAUGGUGCCACCAUAUUGAAGCAGAUGCAGGUGCUCCAUCCAGCUGCUAAGAUGCUGGUGGAGCUCUCCAAGGCCCAAGACGUGGAGGCCGGUGACGGCACCACGACCGUCGUGGUCAUCGCAGGCAGUCUGCUGGACGCUGCAGCCAAGCUGCUUCUCAAGGGCAUUCACCCCACCACCAUCUCAGAGUCUUUCCAGUCAGCAGCAGCCAUGGCUGUAGAGGUGCUGACGGACAUGUCGCACCCCUUGGACCUGGCUGACCGGGAUUCGCUGCUGAAGAGUGCCACCACAGCUCUCAACUCGAAGGUUGUGUCACAGCAUUCCUCCCAACUUGCACCCAUUGCUGUGGAUGCGGUGCUUAGGGUGGUAGACCCGGCAAAGGACACAAAUGUGGACCUUCGCGACAUCAAGGUCAUCCGCAUGCUCGGUGGCACAGUGGAAGACACGGAACUUGUGGAUGGUCUGGUCUUCACUCAGAAGGUGGCAGGCAGUGGGGGCCCUCAUCGCGUGGACAAGGCCAAGAUAGGCCUGAUCCAGUUCUGCAUCUCUCCACCAAAGACAGAUAUGGACCACCAGGUGAUAGUGGGCGACUACACAGCAAUGGACCGGGUGCUGCGGGAGGAGCGCGCCUACAUUCUCAACAUCAUCAAGCAGAUCAAGAAGGCCGGCUGUAACGUCCUGCUGGUGCAGAAGUCGAUCCUCCGCGAUGCCCUGAGCGACCUGGCACUCCACUUCCUUGCCAAGAUGAAGAUCCUUGUUGUCAAGGACAUCGAACGGGAGGACAUUGAGUUUGUGUGCCGGAGCCUGGGCUGCCGGCCCAUCGCCUCGCUCGACCACUUUAAUGCGGAAGCGCUGGGUUCGGCCGAGCUCGUCGAGGAGGUGACCACGGCCAGCUGCAAGUUCGUGCGUGUGACGGGUGUCGCCAACCCCGGUCGCACUGUCAGCAUUCUUGUGCGUGGCUCCAACAAGCUGGUACUCGAGGAGGCCGAACGGUCGCUGCACGACGCCUUAUGCGUGGUGCGCUGCCUUGUCAAGCGCAGGGCCCUCAUAGCAGGUGGCGGUGCCCCCGAGAUGGAGGUGUCGCUGCGGCUGGGUGAGCGGGCAGCGAACAUUGCGGGCCUGGAGGCCCACUGUGUGCGGGCUUUUGCCGAGGCCCUCGAGGUGGUGCCCUAUACGCUGGCCGAGAACGCCGGCCUGCAUCCAAUCGCCACUGUCACCGAGCUUCGGAACAAGCACGCCGAGGGAGAACGCGAUUCCGGCAUCAAUGUGCGCAAGGGUUCCGUGACCAACAUCUUGGAGGAAAACGUGGUGCAGCCUCUGCUGGUGUCUGUGAGUGCCAUCACUCUGGCUGCCGAGACUGUGCGCAGCAUCCUCAAGAUUGACGACAUUGUCCAAACAAUGCGCUGACAUGGGACUACCACUGACACUGCAUACAGCUUGGCAGUAGCUGGGCUCUGCCUCUUGUCUCUCACCAGAAGUCAAAAUAAAAGCAACAGCACCUUGUGGCAGGCCCAUCAACAAGGACAGGGCCUGGCUAAAUAAAAGCUUCUGAACUAUGUA